CAUAUAUCCCCUCCGGCAUCCCACGCCUCGAAGACAAAGGUUCUUGUGCUCCCUGUCGAACCUGUCACUCAUUCAGUCGACGAACAGUCUGUCAAAGCUCUUUCAACUACUCAACUCUCUCUGCCGACCCCAGUCACCAACAAAGCAUCCAACAUCACAAUGCGCUCCUCAAUCCUCUACCUCGCCCUGGCCGGCCUCGCCAGUAUCGCUCAAGCCAACCCGGUCAUCAAGCCAGACGCCCAAGUCGACCCCAAAGGCCUCAUCACCCGCAGCCUCUCCCACUUCCCCUCCUCCCGUUCCGAACCAACACGGUCCGAGCCGCCCCCGACAAAGAGCCAAGAAACGCCGCCUCUGCCUCUUAUAAGUGCCCCGGCCGCCGCUCUGCCCGCCGGCGGCGGCGCAGUCAACAACGCCAACCGCACCGUCACCUUGACCGUAAUCCAAGGCGACACCCUCGGCCAGAUCGCGCGUCUCCUCAACUCGGGCAUCUGCAACAUCGCUAAGCUCAAUAACAUCGCCAACCCGGAUUUUAUCGAAAUUGGCCAGGUCCUGCAGGUGCCCAUCAAUGUCGCCAACCCGGACAAUGAUUCGUGCCUUAACCGCGGCGGGGCGAUCCCGGCCCCGGGGCAGAACGCUACUGCUCCCGGUGCCCCGCCUCCGGCGGGUGGCAAGGGGAAGAAGGUCAGGCGGAGCGGGAAUUUGUUUUCUGAGAAGGGUCCCCGGGCGCCGUUGCACUGAUCUGGAAGCUGGGGUUUGCUGAGCCCAGCAAGAUGACCUGGAGGGGUUGGUCGGGGGAAGUGAGAUUUGGGAUGCGCACAGUGGCUGGAUAACACGAAACUUUGGCAGCUGGCAGCGGGUCUAGCCUCGGAGUUUUGGCACUUGGCACAUUUCAGUCUGUUCGCACUUUGAGAACAACGAGC